GUUCCUUUAGUUUUCCGGUGAUUUCUUGGCCAAAUCUUAUACCUGAUAUCCGAUCUUCACUAGUUUCCGGCAUCAACUGGGAAUACAUCACCUUAUCAGUCACCAAAUCACGUAAAAAGGAAGAAGAAAUCAAUGGCUGCUUCAGAGUGUAACAAUGAUAUUCGUCUCAAGGUGAUUGAGGAAGAAUCCAGUGGAGAUGCAGAAGUGAUGAACAGAGACUCAAUUGAGAGUGAACAAAGGGGAUGUACUAUUGAUGAAGGGAUUGAGAAAAAGAGACAUCAGGAAAACCAAAAAGGAGGCUGGAAGAUAGCAUUUCUCUUAUUGGUGAAUCAAGGUCUAGCAACUCUUGCCUUUUUCGGUGUGGGGGUGAACUUGGUUUUGUUUUUAACAAGGGUUCUUGGGCAAAAAAAUGCAGACGCAGCAAAUAAUGUUAGCAAGUGGACUGGUACUGUGUACAUUUUCUCUUUGGUGGGUGCAUUUCUAAGCGAUUCGUACUGGGGUAGAUACUUGACCUGUGGAAUAUUCCAGAUCAUAUAUGUAGUGGGUUUGGUGCUGUUAUCACUUGCAUCUUGGUUAUUCCUUAUCAAACCAGAUGGAUGUGGAGAUGGAAUAUUACCCUGUACACCUAAAUCUUCAGUUGGUGUCCCAAUCUUUUACUUAUCAAUUUACCUAAUUGCUUUUGGAUAUGGUGGACAUCAACCUACUGUAGCCACUUUUGGAUCUGAUCAGCUAAUUGGAGAGGAAGCAAAGGCAACAUUCUUCUGCUAUUUUUAUUUUGCAUUAAAUGUUGGUUCUUUAUUCUCCAACUCUAUACUAGUCUAUUUUGAAGAUAAAGGCCAAUGGACAAUAGGGUUCUUUGCAUCCACAGCAUCAGCAAUUUUAGGCCUUAUCAUCUAUGGAUUAGGGACACCUAAAUACAAGUAUUUUAAGCCAUGUGGCAACCCAUUGCCACGUGUUGCUCAGGUAUUUGUCGCGACAUUUAAGAAAUGGAAGGUGAUUGCCCCUGAAGAUGGAGACAAACUCUAUGAGGUGGAAGGUUCUGAAUCAGCCAUUAAAGGGAGUAGGAAGAUUUUGCACAGUAAUGAGAUUCGGUUCUUAGAUAAGGCAGCAACAGUGACAGAGAAAGAUUUAAGUACUACAGAGAAAGACCCAUGGAGGCUUUGCACAGUAACUCAAGUAGAAGAGGCAAAAUGUGUAUUAAAGAUGUUACCCAUCUGGGUAUGCACCAUCAUCUACUCAGUUGUCUUCACUCAAAUGGCAUCUCUCUUUGUUGAGCAAGGAGCAGUUAUGAACACCAACACCACUGGUGACUUUCACCUUCCAGCUGCAAGUAUGUCUGUUUUUGAUAUAUGUAGUGUCCUCAUCUUCACUUGCAUCUACCGCCAAAUCCUCGUUCCUAUCACCGGAAGAUUAACAGGAAAUCCAAAGGGACUCACCGAGCUUCAACGAAUGGGAGUAGGACUCAUUAUUGGAAUGUUAUCAAUGAUAGCUGCUGGUAUCACUGAGAUUGAAAGACUUAAAAGGGUAAGCCCUGGACAAGAGAUUAGCUCCUUGAGUAUAUUUUGGCAAACACCACAAUACAUGCUUGUGGGAGCAUCUGAAGUGUUUAUGUAUGUGGGUCAGUUAGAGUUCUUUAAUGGUCAGGCGCCGGACGGUAUUAAAAGCUUCGGAAGCUCUCUUUGCAUGGCUUCAAUCUCUUUUGGGAACUAUACUAGCAGCAUACUUGUUAACAUGGUUAUGGUGAUUACAACCAAGAACAAGAAGCCUGGUUGGAUCCCUGGUGACCUUAACAAUGGUCAUAUGGAUCGCUUCUACUUUCUCCUUGCUGGGUUAACUGCUAUUGAUUUCUUUGUUUACUUGUUUUGUGCCAAUUGGUAUAAGUGUAUCAACCUUGAAGACAAUACCCAAGGGAUUGAGAUGGAAACACAAAGAAGUGAUGUACUUAGAAGAGUCUAAUUCUCAACUCAAAGUCAUUUGGGUUGUCCAUGACUGGUUUCAUCGCCACUUGUUGAUCUCUUGGUUGAAGAAUCAAAUAAAACUAUUUUCGGAUUUAUGAUC